AUGAGGUCAAGCUGCUAUUCUGCACUCGUAUCGAUUCUGCUGGGUUGGCAUAGCUUGGCCUUCAAAUCACCAGAUAUCCACCCCAGCAGUCCCCCAGUCUCCCAAGAUGAUCCUCUUGAAAAGGUGCCGAGCUUCCCUAAAUUUAACGAGACGAAUGCCAUCCCCCGCCGAUGUGAGCUUGCGUGCUCUUAUCUUUCCAAGACAUACGCGGACACAGUUGCAUUCCCGGGGAGCGACAAAUACAGCCGGUUCCAAACGAGCUUUUGGUCUCAGCAGCAGUCAAAAGUUAGUCCAAUGUGUAUUUUCCGCCCCGAAAACGUCAAACAAGUAUCCUUCGCUAUGUUUGUAAAUACAGAAAUCAACUGCACAUUUGCCGUCCGAAGUGGUGGACACGCUACGUUCCCCGGCGCAUCCAAUAUCCAAGAUGGCAUGACCUUCGAUAUGCAAGCCAUUAACGAGAUCACAAUAUCCCCAGAUGGCAAGACUGCAGUUCUGGGAACGGGGAAUACGUGGUAUGAUGUAUAUAAAACUUUGGAGGUCAAUAAUAUGACAGCUGUGGGCGCGUCUGCCGCCGACGUAGGAGUUGGAGGCCACAUCCUCGGAGGUGGCAUCUCCCUUUUGUCCAAUAUGUACGGUUGGGGUUGUAACAACGUUAUAAACUAUGAGAUCAUCGGCGCCCAUGGCGGAAUUCUCAAUGUUGAUGCUGAGCGACCAGAAAUGUUUUUCGCACUGUGUGGAGGGGGGAACAAUUUUGGAAUCGUAACCAGGUUCACCGUGAAGAUAUACCCUCAGAGUCUGAUGUGGCAAGGGGUGCGAGGGUUCAGUAUUCAUCAAAAACGCGUUGUUCUGGAUGCAUACGUGAGCCUUGGGAGGAAUAUCAAUAAGGACCCCAGGAGCAGCAAUCAUCUUACAGCUUUUACCGUUACCAGCGACGCUGAAAGGAUCAGUGUCUACCUUGAGAAUGCGGAUGGGAUUCCCUAUCCUGCAAUCUUCGAUGAGGUGAAAGCUAUACCCACUAUUUUUGCAACGUCGAAAGUCCAAUAUAUGUCCGAAAUCACAAAAACUCUGGAAAAUGAAGCCCCAUCUGGGUUACGAAAUACACACUGGACGUACACGUUUAAAUUGGACGCUUGGCUUGUAGGGUUCGUAACGGAUACGUUUCUUGCGGCGAUCCAGCCCGUCAGGAAUAUCAGUGGUAUCAUCGCUGACUGCAGGUUCCAAACCCUCACCGAAUCUAUGUUGUUACACAUGAAAGGAAAAGUAUUUGGUCUAUCAUCUGAAGGCGGACCAUAUACCCUGCUCCUCCUUUCCGCAACGUGGUCCGAUGAAGCUGAUGACAAGAUGAUCUAUCGGGCCUUCUCAGACAUGCUACAGGCAAUCAAGGAGGAAGCGAAGCAAUCCGGUUUACAUGUUGAUUACCUCUUCAUGAACUAUGCGAGCCAGUUCCAGGAUGUGAUUUCCAGUUAUGGAGCUGAGAAUGUCCAGCGGCUAAGGGUGGCUUCGUACAACGAUGAUCCUGAAGGGUUUCUCGAGAGACUGCAACCGGGGUAUUUCAAAUUGAAUGGCAGUGCGCCAGCAAAAAUGCGAGAAGAUGGAUUAAAUUAGUCAACAACGAUUGCUGUUUUCAGGGUCUUGUCGAUGACGGGUUCGAAAUGUUGAACUAGACUAAAAAUGAUAAUUAUGAUCUCUGAAGUUAUGUAUGGGAGGACGAUUCUUGUGCAUAUUGCUUCAAAUAUCAAUAAUUCACUACCUAU